GGCGAGCGCGGGGGGUGGCCAGGCGAGGCACCAUGUCCGGGCGGCCGAGAACCACCUCCUUUGCGGAAAGCUGCAAGCCGGUGCAGCAGCCCUCGGCCUUUGGCAGCAUGAAAGUUAGCCGAGACAAAGAUGGCAGCAAAGUGACCACAGUGGUAGCAACUCCUGGGCAGGGUCCAGACAGGCCUCAAGAAGUUAGUUACACAGACACCAAAGUGAUUGGAAAUGGAUCUUUUGGUGUUGUAUAUCAAGCCAAACUCUGUGAUUCAGGAGAACUGGUUGCCAUUAAGAAAGUUCUGCAAGACAAGAGGUUUAAGAAUCGAGAGCUUCAAAUCAUGAGAAAGCUCGAUCAUUGUAACAUUGUCAGAUUGCGCUAUUUCUUUUACUCCAGUGGAGAGAAGAAAGAUGAGGUAUACCUUAAUUUGGUUCUGGACUAUGUUCCUGAAACAGUAUACAGAGUUGCCAGACACUAUAGUCGGGCCAAGCAGACACUCCCAAUGAUAUUUGUGAAGUUAUACAUGUACCAACUAUUCCGAAGUUUAGCCUAUAUCCAUUCCUUUGGAAUAUGCCAUCGGGAUAUAAAACCACAAAAUCUUUUGCUGGACCCCGACACAGCUGUCCUAAAACUUUGUGAUUUUGGAAGUGCAAAACAGCUAGUUCGUGGAGAGCCCAAUGUCUCUUAUAUCUGCUCUCGGUACUACAGGGCACCAGAGUUGAUCUUUGGAGCUACAGAUUAUACCUCCAGUAUAGAUGUUUGGUCUGCAGGCUGUGUAUUGGCAGAGCUGUUGCUAGGACAACCAAUUUUUCCAGGCGACAGUGGUGUAGAUCAGUUGGUGGAAAUAAUCAAGGUCCUUGGAACUCCUACAAGAGAACAGAUUAGAGAAAUGAAUCCAAACUACACUGAAUUUAAAUUUCCCCAGAUUAAGGCACAUCCAUGGACUAAGGACUCGUCAGGAACAGGACAUUUCACCUCGGGAGUACGGGUCUUCCGGCCCCGCACUCCACCAGAAGCAAUAGCGCUAUGUAGCCGUCUGCUGGAAUAUACCCCCACGGCACGCCUGACUCCGCUGGAAGCGUGCGCACACUCUUUCUUUGAUGAAUUACGGGACCCAAACAUCAAAUUACCGAGUGGGCGAGAGAAACCUGCACUCUUUAACUUCACCACUCAAGAACUGUCAAGUAAUCCGUCUCUGGCUUCGACCCUCAUACCUGCUCAUGCUCGGAAUCAAGCAGCUGCUUCAACCCCGACAAAUGUUCCAGCAGCCUCAGAUGCCAAUGCAGGAGAUCGAGUUCAGACCAAUAAUGUAGCUUCAGCAUCAGCCUCCAACUCCACCUGAACUGGUCACAAGCAGCAACCUGUACAGGAACAAUCGCCAGUAAUUUUGAGUCUUGCUCUGCAACGCUGGUCACAUUUGGAAAGAAAAUUUAAAAAGAGGAAAAAAACCCUGUUCAUUAUAGUGUUCAAUUUUUUUUUUUUAUUGUUGUUCUUAUUUAACCUUGUAAAAUAGAAAUUCAAACCAGUUUCAUUGUGUGCUCACUCUGCUGCGGGCCCUUUGGGGCAGGGGAAGAGGUGGGUGGGAAGAGGGGAAGUGGAGCAACAGAACACACCAGUGUCUCUUCCCAGGACAAUCUUCUAAUUUCAAACAAUUGCUGUUGUGUACUUUAGAAUCAGGAAUCUUAUCUCAUGCCCUCCCACAACAGAAAGGAGAACCCUCAUUCUGCUGAAGCUCCUUUUUUUAAGCCUUGUAUUUUUAAGUGAAGUUUCAACUUUUGGUGUAGUGCACAACUUGAAUUUGGUUGGGAGCUUAGCAGGAGUUGCUCACCGUGAAUAACAUACACAGGAGACCUUAACUAUCUUUGAGUUGGGAUGAGGAGGAAGGAAAAUGUGAGGUCUAAAAUACACUGAAUUGCCAAAGCCAGGGGAGGGGUGGGGGGUGGGGGGAUUGCUGUAUGAAUAACGCUUAAGGGCAAAUCUUGAUCUUAAAUUCCGUUCUAGCAUUGGAGAAUUCUGCAGAUAUGUAUGUUACAUAUACACACACAGACUAUCGGCUUGAAUGAAAAAUGCUCAUUCACCUACCUUAAAGAUCCCUGAACAUGAAAGGUUCUGUAAAGCACAAAAGAGCCCAUAGUUAGUCACUUGCAUUCUUCCACAGGUGGGAGCAAGUGUACCCUCCCUCCAGGUGCAGAAAAGAGGCAGGAAACCAGUGGAGAGGUACUUCUGCACCUUGCCCACCUUCUUUUUUAAACUCUAAACUGGCUUCUUUCUCAAAGAAGCAAACAGGAAAACAAUGCCAGGGUUUAUAACGUGAAUGGACGUAAACCUCCAUUGCAAUUAGAGCUUUCAAAUCGACACAUUAUUUUUAGGUGAUUCUAAAAUCCAAAUCUAGAAUUUGUGUUUAAUUUCACCUUUUUU